GUCUUGUUUGGUUUGAUGGUGAUCGUUGUUGCCCAAGUCGUGAGGUUUGGAGAGUUUAGGCUCCAGAUGACCACUGUACAAGCAUUCUGCAUAACAUCCAUGGCAGCACUAUAUUACUCGACGGUCUCGCCGGGUCUCGCCAGGCCUGUUUAUCUGUGUUAAUAGCAAUCAUGGUAAAGAUCUUUCCAUACUCUGUACAGUGUCUGACUGAAGUCACAGGCGUCAAGAGAUGGCAGGCACACAUUGCUCGGUUUCAACAUGUGGUGAUAAUCAACACCCCUCAACUCCAAAACAAGAGCCUCCUAUAACAAAGAGACUCCAUAUUACUAUUAUUGGAUUCUAAUCGACGAUAGAGCAGUAGCCUGUCGAUCUGCCGUAUGGGCAAUCGCGCCCACUCCGCCACUCCCCUCAUCUCUCUAGAUCGGCGCCAGGGGCAUCGCAUGUUUGUUUUGAUUCGGAUAGAAUAGUGCUGGAGUACACUGGGUGCUGAAGACCACAAUACCCAUGAUCAGUACAUGGUUUCUCGCACAGAGCCACAGCCAGAUCAUAGAUAACGGGUGUCGUGCAUGGGAGAAAUAGACACAGACCGCCCCUGCAUCAAACGCUUGCGGUGUCAGAGUGGCCGGGGUGACCUCCCCUUACUACCACCAGUGGCUUCCGCGAACGUCCCUUACCACGUUUCAGCGAUACGACGGCUCCCCGCCACAGCGCGUGCGAGGGUGAGAUGAGAGGGGUCAUGACGAGCACUUCAUAGCGCUGAGACGGCGGAAGACAAAGGAGGAACUGAGUGACAGAGCAACAAGUGCUGUCCAUGACAACAUGAUGAGAAGGGGAGAGGGACAAAGACGGCGAUGAUGAACUGUCCGGCAUGCUCUUGGCGGCUACAGUAUCACAGUUACGGCGUCAACGCGUGGCUGUACUCUACUACUGUCUGAUCGUAGGGGACUCUAUGACUGACUGACUGACCCUCUUUCUCUCGCUUCGUCUCAGUCCUGUACAUCAAAGUGUUUGUAUGGCUGACAUGGCGAGAGAGCCUCACAAAAAGCACUUCAGCGAAACGCCAAUACUGGUCGACUGAUGACUGAAGGAACGUUCUGAAGCAUAUAUAUGCACAUCAACUUCACCUCUUUCUUUCACAAAUCUUCAUCAAAGCCUCGGGAGACAGACCCGGGAUUCGCUCCUGUCUUUGUUCUGGCUGUACCUGUACCUGCCUGUCUACUUCCUUCUACACCCACUCUAGCGCCGAUUCGUAGGUACCUCGUCCAGGGUCCACCUUCCUGAAACCCACCGCCCCAAAACCCUCCCCCAUAUCGGGAUUUCGCGUCGCCCUCAAUCAACCCUCGACUCCGACUCUUGCCUACUAGUCCUUCUUUUCCCCAUACGGCCCUCAAAAUACACGAGGCAAACACGCAAUCAAAACAUUCCCAGACACUGCCAUCGUACGCAGAAGUAUAGCAUUGAUGAACUGCGUGUCACUUCUCCUCCAGUCCGUUGAGGAGUUAUAACCCGGACGUCAGCUCCGUUGCCAGCUGUUAGACCACAGUGUCGCCGCAUAGCUGAGCCUCGCUCCGCAAACCGACAACAGCCAUGGCCAUGUUAGCCUCCAAGUCGCCAUACCCGGCGAAUCUAUCGUCGGCGGGCAUCCAGCAGUCCUCGAUACCAAUGUCCGCCGGUCUAACUGGCCGGAGAGUCUUGGUCGUCCCCCCAAGCAACCAGACAUCUUUCAGCCCAACGGAAUCCGAGUUCUCAGACUCCAUUGACGACCCCGACUCGGCAAAGCACUGGGAUGAGGAGCGCGUCUGCGACUGGCUGCAUACGAUCAACUGUGGCGCCUAUGAGAAGUUGUUCAAGAAGAACAAUAUUAAUGGAGAGAACUUGCUAGAGAUGGACAAGGCCGUCCUGCAAGAGAUGGGUAUCGACAAGAUUGGUGACCGUGUGCGCUUAUUCGUGAGCAUCAAGAAGCUCAGGACGAAGGCAUAUGCCAACCAGAAGAAGAGGAAUAGAGACUCAUUUGCUGGUCUCCAGAGUAGCCUCCUAUAUACGCCUGCAUCAUCUGCCUCGCCCAGACCUCCCACCUCAGCCAACCGUGCAGCAACAAAUAAUAAACGAUUCUCGAGACAGUACGACUCUUACAAUCUUGGUGGCCUAACGCCGGAGAUUUCCACGAAAUCAAGCUCCCGUCCGAACUCACCACUGCCUGAAGAGGCACGAGUAGUCCGCCAACAACGGUAUAAUGCGAUUAGCCCACAAGAUAUACGAAGAGACCAAGGCCAAGGAUACUUCCCGCCCACACCUGCCAUCUCUUCACAGUCGGCUCGGCACCCAGGGACUCCUCUCGACAGGGACCAGCCACAGACAGCUCGCCUCAUCGGCCACCACACUCGUGGAGCUGGCAGCAUAGAUGGAUCGUUAAUGUCGUCGUUACCAGAAGAUCAGGAUAUGAUCCGUGUCAUUGCCAAGGAUGGCUUGACCAAGGUCGUGAAAGUGACGGAUUGCAAGACAAUCGACGAGGUGAUGAGGUUGACCCUACGGAAGUUCACCUAUCGGGAGGAUCAUGAAAGGAAUUACUGUUUCUGGACACUGGCCGGCCUCGAACCAGAUCCAGCAGCAUGUCGUAGACUCUUCGAGCCAGAGUUAUGGCGUAUUAUCAAGGACUCGAAAAGACCGGAACGAAACCGUCUGAUUCUGCGCAAGAUCCACGCCGGAGAGCCUUCUGAAAUGGAGCUCCAACGCGCGGCAGAUAUCGCCAUGGAAGAGUCGGCCCAGUUACAUUCUCGGGCACUAGAAGGCACUGGCAAGCGGAGCCAGCUGAAGGCGCAGAAGAUCCUUGGAGAGCAGUGGGAUACUGGCUUACAAUAUCCUCUUUCCCCCGCCUCGUUCACAUCGAAUGUUUCCGCUGGGGAGCGUGAGCGAAAUGUCCACAACGCAGCCAAGGAUCUUGAACGACCACCUCCUGCUGAUGCUGCUCCUGUAAAAAGGAGGCAGGCCCGGGGAAAAAACGAUGUGCUCCGACAAUUCUUUGGACAGAGGCCUCCCAGUGAGCUGAUCACAUCCGACUUGACUACGUACUUCCCGAACCAUGCCAAGGAGGAGAUCGAUAAGACAGCCCGGUUAUCACUACGAAGAUCGAAGCGUCUCAGCAGAGUCAACAGCCGACUAUCUGUAGCCAGCAACCUGAGCUUUGCCUCAAGUAUGAAGGAUGCUCCCCCUAUGCCCCGCAUAGAAGAUACUUGGCUCCAGACCGACCCCUCUGGCCCUAAACUGCGUGUUCUUGACCGCGGACACUCUAUAUACCGCGACUCAGUCUCUUCGUCAGUUUUGGAGCCCCUCCAAGAGGAAUCGCCCACCGAGCCCAACAGAAAAUCAUACGUCUCAUUUGACAGCGGCUCGGACACGCACGUUAACAUCACUGAUCCGGAUGGACGCACUACGAGCAGCUACUUCGAAGAUGGUAGCACCGAAGCCGGCUCGCUGCGCGAAAUCAGCCAGGCACUCAAUGAAGACGGCGAGGAGGCUGAUGAUGACUUGCAGAGUUUCCUGGCUGGUGACUCGUGGGAUGACAGCAAGUGGAUGAAGGGCGCUCUCAUCGGCCAAGGUUCCUUCGGCAGCGUCUAUCUCGCGCUCCACACCGUGACAGGAGAGCUUCUGGCCGUCAAGCAAGUCCAGUCGCUAUCUCCAGGCGUUGCCAGUGCCAACGACCAGAAGAAGAAGAGCAUGAUCGAGGCCCUGAAGCGCGAGAUCGGCCUCCUCCGCGAGCUCCAGCACCCGAACAUCGUGCAAUACCUCGGCUGCAGUUCCUCCGCCGACUCGCUCAACAUUUUCCUCGAGUACGUCCCCGGCGGAUCCGUGCAGACGAUGCUGAACUCGUACGGCGCCCUCCGCGAGCCGCUCGUGCGCAGCUUCGUCCGCCAGAUCGUCACGGGGCUCGCGUACCUUCACGGCCGCGACAUCGUGCAUCGCGAUAUCAAGGGCGCUAAUAUCCUGGUCGACAAUAAGGGCGGGAUCAAGAUCUCGGAUUUCGGUAUCUCGAAGAAGAUGGAGGCCUCGAACGUGCUUGGCGGUGCGGGGAACAGCAAGAAUCGCCCCUCGCUCCAGGGAUCGGUGUUCUGGAUGGCUCCGGAAGUUGUCAAGCAGACCAAGUACACGCGCAAGUCGGAUGUGUGGUCGCUCGGGUGCCUGGUCAUUGAGAUGAUGACGGGGAGUCAUCCGUAUCCUGACUGCUCGCAGCUGCAGGCCAUCUUCAAGAUUGGAGGGAGCAAGGCGCGGCCGACGAUCCCGGAGGCGGCGAGUGAUGAGGCGAAGCGCUUCUUGGAUCAGACGUUUGAGAUUGAUGACCGUGAUCGUCCGGAUGCGGAUGAGUUGCUUUUGAGCCCGUUUUUGAACCCUUGUACGUAAGAGAGGGAUGUGCUUUGGCCAUCUCUUGGACGUGCGUCGGGUGAGGGGGGAGACUUGGGGAAUUGAUAUGCUUGGUUUUAUGCGGGAUGGCUUGCUGGCACUGGCUGCCAGCGCUGUUAUCCAUGGUACGAGAAGAUGAGAUCGGAUGAAUUUAUAAGAGGAUAUUUUGGGUGUGACGGAGUAAUAUAUCAUGAGCCAUUUUUUGCGCAGUUUCUUGGAGGGAUUGGUUUAGCGACGGGGAGAGAGGUGGAAGGGGAGGGGAAGGGGCUUGAUGGGAUGAGAUUUAAGAUUCUUGAUGUAUAGUACUCGAGUAUUAGUAGUAUUUAAG